AUGACUAGUAAUGCAAACAAAUUCUUCAAAUAUGCAUUAAAUACAAGUGUUUCUGUAAAUACUUCUCAAGAUAUCAUUUCUAUUCUUUCAUCAUUUAAAAAACACAAGCAUUACCGAUUUUUAGAUGGGAUAAUUGAUAAUCUAAAGCAAAAUGAGAAGAAUAUGUCAAAGAAUUCGGAUCAAAAUGAGAUUAAAAAUGAAAAUCAGAAUGAGAUACAAACAAUCAGAUCUCAACUUGAACGCAAUGAAUCAGAGAUUGCUAAAUUAAAUGAAGAAAACAUAAAACUCAGACAAAAUCUUGAAAAUUUGGAAUCAAAAGAAAUUUUAUCAAAAAUUGCUGAAUUUAAAAAUUCAAGUGAUAUUGAAGCUGUUUAUGAAUUCCUUGAUGAACUUGCACAGAAAGGAUAUCAACAAUUGAUGUCAAAAGCUUGUGAAGAAGGACUUUGGGAGACAGAUGAUUCUCGUUCACAAUCAAUUCUUCAUAAAGCAUCAAUUGAAGGAAAUCUCAGGCUUGUUAAAUCUCUUAUUGAAUGUGGAUGUGAUAAAGAAAUAAAAAAAUAUCGUUUAGGAUUUACUCCACUUUUUGAGGCAGCAAGACAAAGUCAUUUUGAAAUAGUAAAAUAUCUUAUCUCAGUUGGAGCAAAUAUAGAAACAAAAGAUUCAUCAAAAAGAACUUUACUGCAUAAUGCAUCAUAUGGAGGUAACCUUGAUAUAGUUAAAUAUCUCGUUUCAAUUGGCGCUGACAUCAACGCAAAGGAUAUGGACGGAGAAACUGCUACAAGUGUAGCGGCAAUGUGGGGUCAACUUGAUGUACUUAAAUUUCUAAUCUCAGCUGGAGCUGAUAAAGAAGAAAAGAAUAAUAAUGGAGAAACUACACUCUGGAAAGCGUUUGAAUAUGAAAAAUAUGAAAUCGUUAUAUAUCUUAUUUCCAUCGGAGCUAAUACAGAAGGAUUGGAAGAUCAAAUGAAAACUCUACCCAUGAAGGUAGCAGAAUCUGGUAGCACUAAAACCCUUGAAUAUUUAAUUUCUAAUGGAACUGAUAAAGAAACAAAAGAUGAUCAUGGAAGAACUCUUCUCAUUUGUGCGUCAGAAAAAGGUCAACUUGAAACAGUUAAAUAUCUUAUUUCCAUUGGAGCUGAUAAAGAAGCAAAGGAUGAUCGUGGAAAAACUCCAAUUAUUUGUGCAUCAGAAAAACGUAAAUAUCAAGUAGUUUUAUAUCUGCCCACGGUUGGUGCUGAUGUAGACGCAAAAGAUAAUGAUGGAAAAACAGCAUUUUCAUACUUACCACCGUUUUUUAAGAAACGAUUAAUGAGAUUUAGCAAAAAUGCAGACAAUCAUUAA